AGUAUGGAUCAUUUGAACGAGGCAACUCAGGGGAAAGAACAUUCAGAAAUGUCUAACAAUGUGAGUGAUCCGAAGGGUCCACCAGCCAAGAUUGCCCGCCUGGAACAGAACGGGAGCCCGCUAGGAAGAGGAAGGCUUGGGAGUACAGGUGCAAAAAUGCAGGGAGUGCCUUUGAAACACUCGGGCCAUCUGAUGAAAAGCAACCUUAGGAAAGGAACCAUGCUCCCGGUUUUCUGCGUGGUAGAACAUUAUGAAAAUGCCAUUGAAUACGAUUGCAAGGAGGAGCAUGCAGAAUUUGUGUUGGUGAGGAAGGACAUGCUUUUCAACCAGCUGAUAGAAAUGGCCUUGCUGUCUCUGGGUUAUUCACAUAGCUCUGCUGCCCAGGCCAAAGGGCUGAUCCAGGUCGGGAAGUGGAACCCAGUCCCCCUGUCUUACGUGACAGAUGCCCCCGACGCUACGGUAGCAGAUAUGCUUCAGGAUGUGUAUCAUGUGGUCACAUUGAAAAUUCAGCUACACAGUUGCCCCAAACUGGAAGACCUGCCUCCCGAGCAGUGGUCACACACCACCGUGAGGAAUGCGCUGAAGGACUUGCUGAAGGAUAUGAAUCAGAGCUCCUUGGCGAAGGAGUGCCCCCUCUCACAGAGCAUGAUCUCCUCCAUCGUGAACAGCACUUACUACGCAAAUGUCUCAGCAGCGAAAUGCCAAGAAUUUGGAAGGUGGUACAAACAUUUCAAGAAGACAAAAGAUAUGAUGGUGGAAAUGGAUAGUCUGUCGGAGCUGUCCCAGCAGGGUGCCAACCACGUCAGCUUCGGCCAGCAGCCCGCCCCGGGGAGCACGGCGGAGCAGCCCCCCUCGCCGGCCCAGCUGUCCCACGGCAGCCAGCCCUCUGUGCGGACGCCGCUGCCCAACCUGCACCCUGGGCUGGUGUCGACGCCCAUCAGCCCUCAGCUGGUCAACCAGCAGCUGGUGAUGGCCCAGCUGCUGAACCAGCAGUACGCCGUGAAUAGACUUCUAGCCCAGCAGUCCUUAAACCAACAGUACUUGAACCACCCUCCCCCCGUCAGCAGGUCUAUGAACAAACCUUUGGAGCAGCAGGUUUCCACCAACACAGAGGUGUCUUCCGAAAUCUACCAGUGGGUACGUGAUGAACUGAAACGGGCAGGAAUCUCCCAGGCAGUAUUUGCACGUGUGGCUUUUAACAGAACUCAGGGCUUGCUUUCAGAAAUCCUCCGAAAGGAAGAGGAUCCCAAGACUGCGUCCCAGUCUUUGCUGGUAAACCUUCGGGCUAUGCAGAAUUUCUUGCAGUUACCGGAAGCUGAGAGAGAUCGAAUUUACCAGGAUGAAAGGGAGAGGAGCCUGAAUGCGGCCUCAGCGAUGGGCCCUGCCCCCCUGAUAAGCACACCGCCCAGCCGCCCUCCCCAGGUGAAAACAGCUACUAUUGCCACUGAGAGGAAUGGGAAACCAGAGAACAAUACCAUGAACAUUAAUGCUUCCAUUUACGACGAGAUUCAGCAGGAAAUGAAGCGUGCUAAAGUUUCCCAAGCUCUGUUUGCAAAGGUGGCAGCUACCAAAAGCCAGGGGUGGCUGUGCGAGCUGUUGCGCUGGAAAGAAGACCCUUCUCCGGAAAACAGGACCCUGUGGGAGAACCUCUCCAUGAUCCGGAGGUUCCUCAGCCUCCCGCAGCCGGAACGCGACGCCAUCUACGAACAGGAGAGCAACGCGGGGCAUCACCACGGCGACCGGCCGCCGCACGUCAUCCACGUGCCCGCCGAGCAGAUGCAGAGCCCCUCUCCCACCGCCCUUGGGCAAGGAGAGUCUAGAGGCAUUCGCCCCGGGGCUGGUACUGCUCCACAGGUGAGCAGGCAGCAGCCGCCGCAGGCACCCCCGCAGCCGCAGCCCGCGCCGCCGCCCGCACCGGCACAGGCGCCGCCGCCCCCGGCCGGGCCCCGGCUCCCCGCGCGGCAGCCGCCCGCUGCGGCGCCGGCCGAGGCGGAGGAUGAGAGCCGGCCGAAGGCGCGGCCGCGGACCAAGAUCUCGGUGGAGGCGCUGGGCAUCCUGCAGAGCUUCAUGCAGGACGUGGGGCUGCACCCGGACGAGGAGGCCAUCCAGACGCUGUCGGCGCAGCUGGACCUGCCGCAGCACACCGUCAUCAAGUUCUUCCAGAACCAGCGCUACCACCUCAAGCACCACGGCCGGCUGAAGGACCACGCGGGCCUGGAGGUGGACGUGGCCGACUACAAGGACGACGAGCUGCUGCAGGACCCGGACGAGGGCGCCCCGGGCGCGGGCGCUAGCCCGCUCUUCGCGGUGAAGCUCGAGGAUGAGCCGGCGGCCGACGGCAGCACGGACGCGAGCGCCGACGCCAGGGACUGAGCUGCGGGCCCCCAUCAGCGCCCCGCGGGCUGAGGGGGUCCGCCCCGGGCUCCCUGCGAGCCUCGCGCUCCGCCGUUCGGCCAGGGAAUCGUCAGAAACUUGCACAAACGGGAACGUCGAGAAAGGCUGAUACUGACUGCACUAAACGUUUUCCUCCCUCUCUCACGAACUGCUUGGCAGCCCCAGGUGAAGCAUCGGAUUGUUUGGUAUUAAAAAUGGAAAAUUUGUGUUCACGGAACACACCCAGGUGUGUGUACCCGUAAGCAUGAUAACCAGUGAUUUUUUUUUUAAUUUUAUUAUUAUUCUGGAGCCUCAAAACAAGCAUUAUAACUUCUGUGAUUAUCAUUUCCUUCCUUUACUUCUGUAACACUUCACACUUAUCUUUGGAAACUCGCCCCUUGUUUAAAAAAAGAAAAAGAGUUUGUUACUCUGUUCUAUGUUGCAAAAGAACUAUAGACUGUGGAAUGCAGUUUAAAGAUAACAUAUGCCAACAAAUGCCUUGUAUUAUAUGGCACUGCCGUAAUUCAAAUUUGUUUUUAUUUUGGAAAUAAAAGUUCACUGUAAUUUUUUUCAUUCUCAUUGUUACAAGAUUUUUUUAAAAAAAUGAAAAGAAAAUGUGAAACACAAUUUAGUCCUCAUUAUUUAUUUGUAGAUCCUGCAGCAUCAUGUUGUAAUUAAUUUUUGGAAGUUUCCGUUAAAUGUAAUAUUGCUUCUCUUGUUACCAUACUGGUUCUUUUCUAUUUAUAAAUGUAUUUUGAUGGGCAGUAAAACAAAGUGUCUUAAAAGUUUUAAAUAGAUGAAAUGUGCUUUACACAGUUGCCUAUAAAAAGUGCUCUAUGUUAUCCAAGCAAUUCAUACUAUAAGCUCCACUCUUAUUGUUGUAUGCAAUUUUUACUAUCAUGCAAAUAAGCUUAGGUUAAUAAAACUAAUAGAUCACCUUAGAAAAUUAUGCAAUUAAUGUGAAAAUAAUUGAUGUUUGCAACGUGUCUUCCUUUGGUUUACAAUCAAUUUUAAAGCUACAUCUGUAUAAAAUUUCUGUAUAAAGGUGUUAUUUCUUUUUUAUGAGUUUAUGGCUAUGAAAACACCAGCUAUUUUGUUACAGCUGGCUGUUUUUAUAAGUGUAUCACAAUUUUCUUUAUGCAGAAAUGUUCUGAUUAGGAGUGGUUAUUGACUGUAACUACACGAUUAAAAUUGUUUGUAUGGUAUGACAUGGUAGGGUUUGUCUGCUUAUGUGAAGUAACACAAAGAGUCCAAGAUGGCCCUCUCAGUAAGAUGCAUGUUAAGACUUUCUUGACAUUUUACAGAUCUGAAAAAGAGCAAUUUAAAAGUCACUUGAAACGCUGUAAAAUUAAAUCUCGAACAUAUGCUCAUUUUUUAAGUUAAACAGUGAAGAUGAUAACCUGUUUUUGGUUGACGUUUUACUUGAUUAGGAGGAUGGUCAAAAGACUCACCAAUGAAGACAUCAGUUCAGUCUCUAGCAGAUACGCACUUAGAAUAGAUUCAUCUGCAUUUACUUCACAAUACGCUCAUCAUGGCAACACUUUUUUAAAGCUGGUGUAUAUACAUUUUUAAAGGCCAUUAAAAGUAACCUAAGUAGGGGGGGGAUGGACUUUCUGUACAAGAACUCCUUAGUAAGCACUGUAUUUUUUCUUAAGUUGUAAAUGGAAUACAAGUUAAUAACUGAGCUCAUUCAGUUGUGUAUGUCAUAACUAUAAGAACUCCAUGAAGAUAAGAAUUAACCAACCUGGAAUUUAAACUUCAAAAUUCUUGCAAUGUAAAACUCAGUGGACUCCAGGAUAUGAAGUGAGGUGCGCUAGUGUUCCUGUAAAGGGUAGGGCCAGUGUUGCAGUGUUUGGUUAUUUUUGUUCUCAUUUGCUUUGCAUUUUGCUGCUUUUUUGAGAUUUCAUGCUUGUUAGGGGGUGUUUGGGUUCCUUUGGUUCUGAAAUCACCCACUCUCUUCCUGCCUCUUUUCCCUGGUCCCUGAUGAACUCCUCGGAGGGCAACUGGACUCCCCUGAUGCCGAACUUAAGAAACUAAAAUGGGAUCAUAGAAAACUCCCAAUUCAAUUUUCAGUUACUAUCUACUUUAGAAGCACAGCUGAACUACUUCAGAGGCAGCUGGCUUGCUGUAAACUUAAAAUUAUGUUGAAAAAGUUACACUUCUUUGUAUUAAAUGAGAAAACACCUUUAAACAUUCUAGCUUAUUACUAGGGUUCAGAAAAUCAUUUUAGCAAAAUAAUUUUGAGUUCAAAUAGAAACCAGAUUUCAUGUAUUAAAAAUAAUAAAUAGGAUAAUUAAAUAUGCUGUGAAAUGUAAUGGAAAACAGCCUAUCUUCUCUGACUUUAAGGGAAAAGCUAGAGUGGAGGGUAGUGUGUGUGUGUGUGUGUUUUGUUUUGUUUUGUUUUUAACAUAAGCACAACACCUAAUAUAAGGAGUCAAACUCCUUAUAUUCCUUAAGGGGAAUUUGGGUUGCAAAUAAGAUUUUUUUUCUUUCCCACCAGCCUCCUAACUUCUUUGAAAAUACAUUUUCAGUAAAUUGAAGAGUGUGUAUAAGAAAUCAACAUGGCAAUAAAAUUCUCAGACUCCUUAACUCAUGCAGCAUCAUCUUGCUAAUAUAUUUUAAACCAAAAAAAAAAAGCACAUAUCAGUAAACAAUGUUGGUCAUGAUGGAGUGAGCAAAAUUGUUCUUCGGGAAGAUGGUACAUUUUGCAAGAGGUUUGAGGAACCUUCCACGUUGCUUCCCGGGUGUCGUUUAUCCCCCCUACCAGUCCCGGCGUUGCCAGAGGCUAUGGAGAACUCCUUGACCAAGCUUCCUGGUGUCCAAGCACUUCAGAAGCUUUUAAAAGCUGGGCAUGACGUAGCGCUCGGUGCUGCUAAGGCCUUAGCAGAGUCAGGGAGUUUACGGGUAAUAUUCAACCUUGUGCAUCUGAAUCUGUCAUGGACUCCUUCCCUCAGCACUUUGCCACUAAUUUGUAUCUCUCUCUGUGGCCAUAUAAUACUUGCACAUUAUGCAAAAAAUGAUAGUAUCCCCUUGGCACAUAAUAUGCAGAGUUGACACAUAACCUUUGAAAACCAAGGUAACUAACGUGUGCCCUAGUUGUGUGACCCUUAAAGCCUGUACAUAUUAUAUAUAAAAUGCAUAUAAAUUACCAUUUAGUCCUAAGGAAUUCUGAGCUAAAAAAAAAGUGUGUUUCUUCAUCAGUGAAAUCUAUAUCUAACUGUGCUUAUCUGAAAUACGUAGCUUAAGUAGAAAACAUUUUCAAAUGGUUCAAGAUGGAGUGAAAAUGACGAUCUCAUACAUUUCAUCAUUCAGUUCUGCCCUAUUCCAUAUUGUUAUCUUUGGCUGAUAUUAAGGUCCUUGAUUUUCACGAUAUUAUCAAUAAAUAAGGUAUUCUGAACUGCUUGGUGAUAUUUUCAAAAAAGAGCAAUUAAUAUGUGUAUGCCCUGCCAUAUAGCCAACAGAAAUUGGACUGCUGUGUUAAAGCAAGCCAGAAAUUUGCAUGAGAGUGUGGAAACCAAUGGAGGUUCAAGAAUAUUAAUCCUAUCUAAAACAUUAGGAGAUAAAGAUACCUUAAAGUUUUUUUUUUUUUUUUUAGUUUUUAAGGGAAUGUAUUCACUAUUCUUCUGAGGCAAUCCAUUUAGUGUAAAUACUAAAUACUUGUAUGUCUUUGAACGAAGGCUAAACUACAGUCUGUUACCAUGCACAUGUUGAUCAAAUACAAAGAACACUUAUUUAAGAAAUGUCUAUGAGUAGAAUACUAUUACCUGUUUAACAAUUCCACAUGUCAAAUAAAAAUAGUUUGGAAUUCAUGUUUAAAA